AUGGAAAUUGUGUGGCAAACACCAGCCAAUCCUCCUGAGAAACGCGAUUACAUCUUUCGUGACGGGAGGCGCCACGUCAAACCUUACUACUUCGAGUUUAUCUCCCAUGUAAAAAACCGGUGGGCGGGGAAGACGAUAGUGGAUUUAUUUGCGGAAGAAUUCAAAGGCAGACCUUACGAAUAUUAUGUUGGUGCUGUUAAUUGUGGACGGAUACAAGUUGAUGGAGAGAUGGUUCCUGUUUCGUAUAUAGUUAAAUCGUCACAAAAGAUAAGCCAUUUCUUGCACAGGCAUGAACCGCCGGUGAUGGCCUGGGAUGUUCCUAUUCUUCAUAAAGAAGAUGAUGUUGUAACUGUUUGGAAGCCAGCAACUGUACCUUCUGUUUAUUGCUAUUUUGUGGCUUUGUUUGGUUCUAAGGUGCAUCCAUGUGGUCAAUAUCGCAAGAAUACUGUUGUUGGCAUUCUCCAGGCCGAACAUGGUUUAGCACCCCUAUUUCCGGUUCAUCGGCUAGAUCGGCUUGUUUCAGGACUCCUUAUCUUGGCUAGAAAUGCUACAAAGGCUGACCUUUUUAGGCAAGAGAUUGAAGCUGGCAAGGUACAGAAACAUUAUGUUGCAAAGGUUGUUGGGGUAUUUCCUGAGGACGAGCAAAUUGUUGAUGUUAACGUUAAUUACAAUGCUCGAGAAGGAAGGAGCACUGCAGAGGUGGGUAACUCUUGUGAUGGUUCUCCCAUCAAGGGAAAGGCAGCUUGUACAAAUUUUACAAGGAUAGGUACGGAUGGAAUUCACAGCAUUGUUUUGUGUAAACCGAUCACUGGCCGAACUCAUCAAAUCCGUGUCCAUUUGCAAUACACAGGCCAUCCUAUAGCCAAUGACGUUCUUUAUCUAUCUGAAAAUAUUACCAAUCGGUCUAGUGAAGGAAUGAAUGCUGAUAGAGCUGCUCGUAGUCCAAGCAAUUGUCUUGUGCCUGAAAAUAAUGGUUCUGAUAAGUAUGUAGAGAAUGUUGAAGAAGAUUUUGACAUUGAUCCUGUGUGCACCAACUGUCCAAAUUUAGCUCCAAAAGGAUAUGAUGGUCAUGAAGAGGGUUUAUGGCUACAUUGUGUGCAAUAUUCUGGGCCUGGAUGGGUUUAUGAAUGUCCAUAUCCAGAGUGGGCGGUUCUCACCUAA